AUUGCGGUCACGUGACCCAGACCCCGCGGGAGCCGAGGUACGGGUUCCAGUUCCCGGAGUCGGAGGGGGCCGGGCGCGCCCAGCCCCCAGCCCGCCGCCACCAUGCUGUCACGCCUGCUGAAAGAACACCAGGCCAAGCAGAACGAACGCAAGGAGCUGCAGGAGAAGAGGAGGCGAGAGGCUAUCACUGCAGCGACCUGCCUGACAGAAGCUUUGGUGGAUCACCUCAAUGUGGGUGUGGCCCAGGCGUACAUGAACCAGAGAAAGCUGGACCAUGAGGUGAAGACCCUGCAGGUCCAGGCUGCCCAGUUUGCCAAGCAAACAGGCCAGUGGAUCGGGAUGGUGGAGAACUUCAAUCAGGCACUCAAGGAAAUCGGGGAUGUGGAGAACUGGGCCCGGAGCAUCGAGCUGGACAUGCGCACCAUUGCCACGGCACUGGAAUAUGUGUACAAAGGGCAGCUGCAGUCUGCCCCCUCCUAGCCCCUCCCCCCUUCCUAACCCCUACCCCACCCCUCCUGCCUCCUCCAUGGGGGAAGCUGAUAGGCCAAUAAUAAAACACAAGCCUCCAUUUCUGUGUGGUAUGUUUCAAAGAGCUACUAGCCCAGCAUGGGUGGAUAGGAGUGGAAGAUUCAAAGACCGUUUCCCUAAGUGACAGUUACCUUUUGGGUAAAGGGUGGAGCGAGCGUCCUCUUACCAUCCCACCCCUCUUUCCCUCUUUGGGCCUGGUGCAGGUGCAUGUUGCAUGAGCAGAGGGCGGAAGUUUCCCACACCUCCCCAGAGAAGGUUAGUGGGCUCUGCCCCAAGCUUCCUAAUUCAGGACUUUGGUUCCGCGCAGAGGAGAAAUAUGACAGGGAGCAGGCUUGGUCCCCGCUCUGGCGCUCUGCCUUUCCACGUGCUCGUGGCCUCUCCCAGCCUGGUGCUAAGCAGUGUCAUGAGUCCGGACCAGGUUGGGGAUUAAUUCUUGGGCAUGGGGGCACUUCAGGGCUGGGAAGGAGGAGGAGUGGCAGGUCCAAGGUCACCAACAGAGAGGGGCAGCUGAUGUCGUUGACAUAUCCCUCCUCCUGACAGAGGCGGUCAGGCACCCCCCCGGCUGGAGGCUGCGGCAGGCCUGGCCUGUGCCAAGCAUUGGCUUUGACUGCCAGGCUCCAGCUUCCCUGGCUCCUCCUCCCAGCCUCUUCCCUAAUAACCCCCCACACAUACUUAAUACCUCUGGGACCCAGGCCACCCGCUGUGGACUUUGGCAUUAGCAGUAGCUAGUGCGGGGAGCCUGGAAAGACUGGGAGCAAAGUCUCUCAAACAGAGCACGAGAAGGAGCUUCGGGCACUGUACUGCCUGCUAGCUUUCCCCAGAGGAGGUAAGCAGGGUCCCGGGAGCUGGGGGCUCUGAGGGGGCUCACCUGAUACCGCACGUGUUGAUAAGUCAAAGCCGGAAGCUUUUCAUGCGCUUCCUCACACUUGAUUGCCCUUGACCCUCCACAGCUCCCAGCUGGGCCACGGCUGGUGUUGGCCCCGCUGGUAGAAUAGAAAACAGGUUCAGAGAUGCGGUGAGACACUCAGCAUCACACAGUAAGUUUGGGGCCAACAGGGCUGAAGUGCUCUGUGCCCUGUAUGUGUUUCCAAAAAUAAGGCCUAGUUUACAUGGAGAGAAUUCAGAUGUCGCUGGCUGAGCAGGAGAGCUGAAAGCCAGCCAGAUUCCUCUGCUCGCGUGCGUGCCAGAAUCUGCACCCUGGCUCCGGCCCCUCGGGCUCUAGUUAAGGUAGCCCCCGAUACAGGGUCUGCCUUGCUCUUUGAUUGGCUUAAAUGAGCCAGAAUUUGCCAAGCAGAGAACUUCUC